UAUGCCAUUUUUACGAUUCCUAAUAUUGUUUCGGGAGUCUCCUACAAUAGGAUUACAUGCAUGCAAGGUCAAAAAACACUUUCAUUUUCUCAAAAUAUGCAUUUAAUAUCACCUCAUUUUCCAGCGAUUCUCAAAGAUUCGGUCUGUCUAAACCCCUCCUUUCCUGAGCCUGCUCUGCUCUGAUUGGUCAGAUGGCCUAGUUUGUUGUGAUUGGUCUACGGCAUACAGCGGUGUCAGAAACGAUAUGCCUAUUUCAAUAGUUCUAUAUUUUGAAUGCUCUAUAGAAAAUAAAAAAAAAACAUCUGUUAUUUAUCAUACAGGUUGUGAAUCAGUGGAGCAGCUGAUCCAAAUAAACAGGAUACUGAUCAAUUUUACAACAGCAAGAGUUUUUUGAAUCCCGCAUUGAACUCUCCGAGAUUAAAGAAGCAGUCGUCAGUAGAAUGAUGUGUUUGUGGGCGGGGUCAAGUUUUUCUUGGAAGGCCAACAUAGAGCAUAGGUGUGCAUUAUGCAAAUGUGUUACCCCGUGAUGUGUAGCUGUCAAGGAAGUGGGAUUUGAAUUACUAACGACUCGUUUCAGUUGUACUAUUGGGAUAAUAACUUUAUUUAUCGUGCACUUUCAGCUUUAUUUUGCAGAUUGUUUACAUUCACAUACAGCUACAUACAUACUGCAUGAAAAGCAACAUUGGAAAUGGCAUAACAGGGGCACUUAAAAAAAAAAAAAACUUACUGACCCCAAACAUUUGAACAGUGAUGUAAGUUAACAGGUUAUACACAAAGCAAUAAUGCAGGGUCUAUUUAAAAAAUAUAAUUAUUCCAUUUGCAAAUAAUUUCCUUUUUAAUUCACUUAGGCUUUUGUUCCAAAUCCAUACAUAGAUAAAAUGAUCCAAAAACAAAAUUCCCAUUGUUAUUACACUGUGGACAUGAUUCUUACACACAGGGCAUUACAAUUGUCACUGACAAAGCCUAUAAACUACAUGAAAGUCUGCAAUUAAAGAUAGGAUUUUUUUAUGAACUUUAUGAACUUAUUUAAGUUGAACUGUUUAGACUUAGUAGGAAAGCACAUUGUACCUACCAACAGACAUCUAUUCUUUUAAUCAAUGUGCAAUAUUCUUGAAUAGAUGUAAUGUACUAAAGUCACAUGUUUGCAUGCAAAGCAGUGCCAUUAGCUAAAAUAAGUGCUUAAUGUUCUUUUGAGAACUUUUGUACAUUUUCUAAAAGUCUUUUGCAUUUUUUGCUCUUUGCCUUUUCUGAUAAGACAUUCGUAGAAUGUAGAUUUCAGCCUUGUGUGUGUGAUGUAUUUUUCUACUAACUUUUUGUGCUGGUUCAAUAUGAUGGUCAUAGUGGAUUAAGCUUUGUGACAGUGGGAGGAAUGUAGCUUGCAAUAUUUCUGUUACUUCGAGGUUUUAUUUAUGAUGUGGAUAAGCCUUUUUUAUUUCUCUUCAAAGCGUGUAAAAAUAUUGGUUUUACCUAAGUGUUAUUAAAGGGGGUUCAAUCACAACUUUUUUUUUUUUACUUUAAUCAUAUAAUCAUAUAAUUACAAAAUAAGGUCUUUGGAGAUGCUGUAUUUCAAGACGCGUGGUUGUGUUAUUUUCACAGUUUCCAUGUUUAAGUGUGGUAUAGUUCCACCCCCUCUUUCGUCUCCUUUAUGUACUUCUCUCUUUCUCUCUUUAUGCAAGAGUACAUACAGAUGACAGACAGACAGACAGAUAUGUUGGUUUCUGUCAUCAGGAGUAAACAAACUCUGAAUGGCAGGUCAUUUAGAGCACAUGAGCAAACACAAUUUGUCUGACAGCUGGUCACAAGUUUUCCCACGCCCUGGGCGGUGCCAGUUUAAGUUCAGUGACAGAUGACUAGUUACUGUGAUAAACUCUGAACACAUAAAUGUCCUCAGUGACGCAUAACAAUCAGAAGGAGCAUUUGUACAAAAUCCUAGUCAUCUGUGAUUUGGGAGUGGGAAAGACCAGCAUCAUCAAACGCUAUGUGCAUCAGACGUACUCCUCUAACUACAGAGCGACCAUCGGAGUGGAUUUUGCACUCAAAGUUCUCAACUGGGACUCAGAGACGGUCCGGCUGCAGCUGUGGGACAUCGCAGAUCAGGAGCGGUUCGGGAACAUGACAAGGGUUUAUUACCAGGAGGCCAUGGGGGCGUUCAUUGUUUUUGAUGUUACCAGACCCACCACGUUUGAGGCUGUCUCCAAAUGGAAGGAGGAUCUGGAAUCAAAAUUAAUACUUUCAAAUGGUCAGCGUAUAGCCACAGUGCUCCUGGCCAAUAAGUCCGACCAAAAUAGAGACUUUCUGUCUAACAACAGCCUGAAGAUGGACCAAUACUGCAAGGAGAAUGGAUUUGUGGGCUGGUUUGAGACAUCUGCUAAGGAAAACAUCAAUAUUAAUGAAGCUGCCAACUUCCUUGUGAAACGCAUAAUUGCCAGCGAGAAUGACAUCUUGAAAUCAGUGGUUCCAGAUACCAUUUCUCCUCAGCUCAACUCAGAUAAAGAACUGACCUGUUCUGCGUGUUUCAAACCCUGAGAGAAGGUAGCAUGAAUCUAUGGCAGCAGUAUUGGUUGUCCUUGGACUGAAGAUGAUGUAGAUGUUCACAGCCUCAUCCCUCCAGUUCCAGCACUAUGGUCAACCAUCGAUAAGCCGCAUACACCACAGAGAUCUGUCCGUUAGUUACAGCAUUAAACUACAGACACUCUGAGCUUGCACACAAAGUAAUUGUAUUUAUGUUUGAAGCUGCACUUUUUCCUGGUCUUUUUUGUUAUGUCUAACAAAAACCUGGGGAGUUCUGGACUGGCAUGCUUGACUGAACAAGGUGAGAGAUUAUAGAACUACUUUCUGUCAGACACACAGACAGAUGGCUGAUUAUACUUUCAGAAACAGGAAAGUUUUAUUAGUAUAUACACCAUAAUAUAGUUAUUUCUGGUUCUGGUGGACUGAGUUUUAAUCCCCAGUUUUAAAUGAAAAAUAACAUUUUUACUUUUGAAACCGGUUUCCCUUUAGUUCAGGGGUCUCCAAGCCUGCUCCUGGAGAGCUACCAUCUUGCAGAUUUCUGUUUCAGUAGGGUUGGGACUUAAAGUCCAAGACACACUGCAUGAUUUUAGCAAUCCUGUAAGUUCAUUGCAAAUCACACUUUGCGACAUGGAUCUGAUAAACUUGGGUAAAACAUGCAUUCAGACUGGAUGAUGAUGACAGUUUGAUCACAGUUUGGAAGUUGUAUUUUUAGAUUUUUUGUAUGUUCUGAAAAAAGUGGAAGAGGCGAAAGUUCAAAGAACUUUGAAAGAAAAAAAGAACUUUGAGGAGUUUUAUGUUUUAGGGCCAUGUCGUGUUGAUUUUUAUGUCGCAUUUUUAUUGGCAAACAAACACACUUUACAAUGAUCAUGCUGAAUUUCUGACACUGUCAGAAAAUGAUCAUAGGCAGAAAUUGCCAUGCUUUUUUCAUGAUGCCAAUCUGGGACAGCCGUGCAGUGUCUAGAAUACUUGAAGUCGGUUGGACAGUAGCUCUCCAGGAUCAGGAUUGGAGAUCAAGUCAUCACAUGAAUAAACCAGGAUUUGCUAAUUGGUGGCAGGUGGUAAUAGUGGGUGGGACAUUCUCACUCUAGACAGCAUUUGAUUGGACAAAAAUCAGUGUAGUUCAGGAUGGCUCAUCAAUAUGUUGCUUUGGUUUUCUCAUAAGAGAGUUCGUUUAUAAAAAGCUGAAAGUUAAUUUGAUUAAAGUUUCCAUGCAAUUAAGAAUUCACCCAUUUUCUAAACGCAACUUAUGAGCGAUUCUUCCAUGAAUAUGUUUCAUUUAAAAAUUCAGUAUGCCUUCAUCUAAUGGAUUUAACCUCUAGAAUUAAAACCAGAUUACGAUUAUAUUCUGUGGUAUGCAUAUUUUACCAUAUUGAAAUUAUUAAAUGACUGUCAUGCUUAGAUAAAUACAACUUUAUGGGCUUUUUUAAGGUUUUAAUUGACAGGUUAUGAACACGAGUUGUGUAAUAGCGCGUAUAAAGUAUUUAAAAUCAAGUUAAACAUCUUUUAAUUGUUUGCACAAAAUAGAUUUCUCAAACUGUAUCUGUAAACAGAGAGCUGCCAACCUCUUUCCUUAUCCACUCUGUCUCCUUGAACAUCCUGGUCCUUCUUAUCUACUGCGAUCCUUCCAUUUCAUCCCUUUUUUUCACUCCAGUUCCACUCUCUGCAUUUCACAGCUCCUUUGCAGUGAUUCACUGUAUGACUCAUCGACAUUAUAUAAAUCUCCCAUGAUUCCCCACAUCACCAUGUGCUUUAUUCAAAUCCUUUAAUGUGUAUAUUGAUCUACUGCCUUUCUAUAUCCAUCUACACCUGCUGCAAACAGUUUUGGAUUAUUAGAGAUUGUGUUGUAGCAUAUCGUUAAAUAUGUUUUUGUGAGCUAUACUGUAUUUAGUUGAGAUGUUGUCAAGGUAUAAAGAAGCACUUUGAAAAAUGAAAAUCUGUUUUGUUUGGAAGGUUUUACAAUAUAAAUGUAACAAAGAAACAUUUUUAUGCCAAAUAUUCAAUGAAAAAAGAAACCUUAUACAAUUUAUAAUGUAAUCAUGUGAGCCCCGGUUGAGACCUCUGGAGUUUAGAAGAAAUUUCUGAUCAUGGCUUGUCUUGAAAAAUAAAGAUGAUAGCCAUGAUUUGGAUAUCUGAGACAAAUUUUGCAAACCCUCAAAGAUUCCUCUGAUCGGCUAAAAUUUGUAGUCUUUGAUCGUUAGUUUGACAUGUGCACCGACAUCCGAUUAAAGAAUCAUAUUUGACCUCGGACGAGAUUCUGGCAGUGUCAAAAGAUUUGGUGUACAGUCCUGCAGUGUGACUUCUACAACGAAUGUAAGCUUGUAUUCGUUAAACAUUUAUGUGUUGAUAAUGUAAAACUCUGGACAAGUUUUCCUAUGUUGUACUGUGAGAGAGGUUCAAGAUUGUGAUCAAGCAUUAUUGUGAUCAAAAAUAGCCUGUGAUCAUUUUCUGACAGUGCUAGAAAUUGAGCGUGAACUGCUUACUUUUUCAGCACACA